UCCCCUUACUGGCCUGCUAUGUUCGCGCUUCUCCUGCAGAAAAGUCCUUCUCGUCUGCUCUUUCCUCACGGGCAUCGCUGUGAGCAUGUGCUACUUCGCAGAAAGCACCCUCUUUAUUGUCGUCUUCUUUGGAAUCAUUAACGGGACCACGCUUUCGGGGCUCUACAUCGCUGUUAACCUGCUCGUGGCACAAUACUUUGAGCAGCGAAGGGCCACCGCCUGCAGCUUGAUGUUCACCGCCGGAGGACUCAACACAAUCGUCUUUCCACCGCUUAUAGAACUCUUCUACUCACGCUAUGGUAUCCACGCAGCGUUCUUACUCUACGGAGCCAUCUUGAUGAACGCAUUUCCGUGCUGCAUCGCUCUAAGAGACCCACCAUGGUUAGAUAAGCACAAUUUCUUGAGCAAUAGAAAACGCCGAACGUUGGACACUGUUUGCACUGCAAGGAGUCCUGUAGGCGGGGAUACCACUUCUCAAGACACCAAUAUUGCGAAAUGUGUCGAAAGUAACGAUGAACUGCAUCUUUUCUUGGAUAAAAGGAGUGUAGAGAAAAAUGUGCAACGUAUCAGCUUAACUAAUACCAAUGGUACACCCACCUCCUCCCGCUUUUCGAUGAGUAGCAGGCUGGAGAGAAAUUACGUCGUUGACUGUUUCAAGCAUAAACUGGCACCAUUCGCCACACUAUCAUUUUUAGUGAGCGCUGUGUCGUUCACGGUUGUGAACUUCGGGAUGGCAUUAUACGUCCUGCUUUCAACAGACCUAGCAAGUGACCAUGGCGUUGAACAUUCAAGCUCAGUUUAUCUUCUUCACGCUUUCUCCGCGAGUGACAUCGUCUCCAGAGCUCUCAGCGGUGUCAUCAUCGACUCUAAGAUUCUGUCCCUGGAGUCCGUGAUGCUCCUGGGGUAUCUUGUCCAAGGUGCUGCUUUCGAGAUGCUCGCGUGGUUUGGUACGUUCCACAUGAUGCUGGCUGCUUCGGCGCUGAUGGGCCUCACAUGCGGCGCGAGGAUCGCCCUUCAAGCCCCCGUGAUUGCGAAAGACUUUGGUCUCAAGAAGCUUCCCGUCGUUAUGGGAGCAAUCUACUUCUGCAUUGGCGUAGCGUUGCUUCUGCGCCCACCAAUCGUCGGCUACUUCCGAGACAGGCAUGGAUCCUACAGUGGUCUCCUUCACUCCACAGCCAUCGUUAACGGUUUGAUGGUGGUUGUCUGGAUCAUAAAACUACUCAACGGCAGGAAACAAUUAUUGCCGACAAAGGCGGUCCAAUACUCGAAGGAAAUUCGAAAGGAAAUAGGGACGGAGCUCCUGGAGCUGGGCAGAACAGCAGCAAGUGAUGCUGGCCAGUGACACCUUGUUACGUCUCAACGCCAUCAAGGGUGUUAAUUAAACGUUUGUCACGCGUCCAACCACCGCACCUCCUAACCAGACGUCAGCACAGCGUGGACAGCGACUGCAAGCGCUCACCGCACCAUUACCUGGGAACCGGAGACAAGGAUGAACGGGAGGGAACCAUGACAACGAAUGAAUAGGCGCCGUUAAUUCAACGAGUCAAAUCACCACCCAUCCCUCGGCACUCAUCCAGCCGUCAAGACAGCGUGUAAACCGGCUGUUGCAGGAUUCCAUGAAAUGCCCUUACCUUGCAGACUGAGCGAAGAACGCGCUGGGCAACGGCGAACGAACCAGGUGUCGGUGCAUGAUUUGUUCGACAAAUUCCAAACCACUUUCUUCGAGGCGGAGUUUCUGCGGGUUAUGGAUAGCAUGGGUAUAUUAUUGCAACGGAGUCGACAAUGGCGAUAUGCUGCUGGAUAGUUCUCAGAUUUCCUAGUCGACUCGCCUAGGGAAGACGAUGGGAUUAAAAGCAGAUAAUUCUCGUGAGUAGGGUCCUGAUGUGAACUAAGACGUUAACCUGCAUCUGCAUGGAGUGGGGCUCGGCACUGGAGCCGUGUAACUAAGCUAAAUAAACCCUUUUUCCUUCA